GAGGAGUAUCCAGCAGCAUCUCCCCUCCCUUUCUGUUCAGCAGGAAGUUUAACUUCUUCAGUUGGGAGUAGUUAAUACGGAGCGGGCGGUUAAACUGUUGGGUAUAACCCACAACCAGCCUGUAGAGAUGACUUGAACAACAGAUGGCAGGACAGUUUUGUUCCCGGUCUCAAAGCUUUUUUGGACUAGCUAAUAUGCAAGAAGACUCAAAAUGCUCAGACGGUAACUGGUAUUUUACACCAGCUUUACACCAGAGUUAGUCAACUGUUGAGUUGUGCUACAUGUAAAGGCAUCAUGGCAAACGUUAAAGUUGCCAUUCGAGUCCGCCCUCUCACCGCAAGGGAGAGUGCGGAUGGAGGAAGGCUAGCAGUUCAGGUGGAGGACAAGCUUGUGAGCAUAACAAAUGUAAAGCUGGAUGGACGUACAGACGGUGCUGUAGAUUCGAGGGAGAAGCUUCUGGAGUAUUGUUUUGACUACUGCUACUGGUCGGUGGACCCUGCAGAGCCUCACUAUGCCUCGCAGGAGGAGGUGUUCCAGGACCUGGGUGUGUCGGUGCUGUCAGGAGCCUCAGAGGGCUACAAUGUGUGUCUAUUUGCUUACGGCCAAACAGGAUCUGGAAAGACGUACACCAUGAUGGGGACACCGGACUCCAUUGGCUUGACUCCUAGGAUCUGUCAGGGUCUCUUUAGGUCUGAAGACACUUUUUCUGAUGGGCAAAACUCAAGCAGAGUGGAGAUCAGCUUCCUGGAGAUCUAUAACGAGCGUGUGCGAGACCUGCUGAGAGCAGGAGAGCAGAAGAAAAGAGCCUCCCUGAGAGUUAGAGAACACCCGGAGAAGGGGCCCUAUGUACAAGACCUGUCACAGCAUGUAGUCACAGACUGCAAGCAUGCCUUGGAUCUUUUGGAGGAAGGCAUGGCCAACCGGAUCACCGCAGCAACCCACAACCAUGAUGCCAGCAGCCGAUCCCACGCCAUCUUCACCAUCCAGUACACACAGGCAAUCCUAGAAAAAAACCUUCCUUCAGAAACUGUCAGCAAGAUUAACCUGGUGGACUUGGCUGGGAGUGAGCGAGCAGACCCCCACUACUGCAGGGAUAGACUGACAGAGGGCUCUAACAUCAACAAGUCACUGGUCACUUUGGGCAUUGUCAUAUCUGCUCUUGCCCAGAACUCCCAGAUGUCAAGCAGCUGUCAGAGUAUCAACAGUAUGGCAUCUGAGGGCGAUGGCAGCACGGUGGGAAGCCACAGCAGCUCCUUUUCUGGAGGAGGUGGGAGGAGGCACAGCUUCAUCCCCUACAGAGACUCGGUCCUAACCUGGCUGCUGAAAGACAGCCUGGGCGGCAACUCCAAGACCAUCAUGAUUGCAACGGUCUCGCCCUCCGCUAGCAGUUACAACGAGACCCUCAGCACCCUGCGCUAUGCGGCCCAUGCCAGAAAUAUUGUCAACAAGCCUCGGGUUAAUGAGGAUGCCAAUGUACGCCUGAUCAGGGAACUGAGAGAGGAGAUUGACAGGUUGAAGAGCAUGCUGCUCAGCUUUGAAAUGCGGCGUAAUCCCAGUCCAUCCCUUAGCGAUGAGAAGGAUGGAAAUCUCUCUGAGAUUGUGCUACAGAACGAACUAAAGGUGGAGCAGCUGACGAAGGACUGGUCGGAGAGCUGGAGAGACAAGAAGGAGCUGCUGGAGCAGUACAGCGUGGACAUCAACCGAGACCGGGCUGGAUUCCUCAUUAACUCCUUCCAACCACACCUGGUUACUCUGGAUGGAGAUGUUCUUAGCACCGGGGUCGUCUUCUAUCACCUCAGGGAAGGAGUUACCCACAUAGGACCUCAGGAACAGUUUGAAGAACCACAGAUAGUUCUGCAGGGCAGUGCCAGCUGUGAGAUUGAAAACCACCGAGGUGUAGUUACGCUUACACCGCUUCCUGGCUGCGUCUGCCUGCUCAACGACAGAGAGGUCACUGAGUCCUGCAGACUGGCUCAAGGGAUGGUGAUCACCUUGGGAGGAGUGCACAAGUUCCGCUUCAACCACCCGGCAGAGGCAGCUGUCCUCCGGGAACGCAGAAGGGCCAGUGAAGGUGGCAUGACCUGCACCUACAUUGAUCAUUGCCCUUUGACCCCCGACCACAGUAUUGAAGAAGUGAAGCUCCAAGGCCAGCUGGGUGCCCGUCUCUCCCCCAGCGAGGAGCCUACUGCUAGGCAGCGAAUGGAGGAGCAGCAGCACUACGUAGAGAGUUUGCGACAGGAGAUUAAGGCUGAGCAAAAAAGGGCUGAGAGUGAGCUGGAGAGGGAGCAGGCCCACCUUCGACAGCAACACAGUGAAAUCCAGCAGUGGAUUUUGCAGGAGAAACGGCGUCUAACAACUGUAGCGUCUGGCGUUCAGACAGACCUCAUCCAUGCACCCCUCCUGGAGCUGGGGGGAAAUCAGGCGUCUGAGGAGAAGGAAGGGGAGACAGUGGACCAUCCGUCCCAGGUGGUAAGGGCCAGGAAGAAGGUGGUGCAGGAGGAGCUACUAAAGCAUCACGCCCUUUGCCGUUCCGAGAGCCGCAUCCGUCGGAAAAAGUUGCACUACCAGCUGGAAAGAAUCGCCCGGAAGCGGCAUCUGUUGGAAGCUAAGAGGGAAUUGCAGCAGCUGGAAAGGGCCCUGCCUCCAGAGCCAGGCAGCCCUGAGUCUCUUGAGCUGGGUUCCCCCACAAAGCUCAGAGGAAGACCAUUUUUUUCUCGUAGACAUUCAUUCUCAGCAGAUCUUCUGUCCCGGCUCUACCCACAGAACACCCCUAUCUUUAGACAUUUCCUUAAGAGAAAUAGAUCCACAGAACUGACGUCAAAUUCCUCUACAACGUCUGAUUCCAUUGGCAGCAGGGAGUGGGUUUCAGAUGAGUGUCUUCCACGGGAAAGAACCAAAAGUUGUUCCGGUACGUUCUUCUCAGGACAAAGUCAAGCGUGCCAAAGUAGAGUAAGCCCUUCUGAAAAUAUCAGACAAGCUGCCAAAGAGGAGCACCAAGCCUUGCCAUGCCGGGAACGACCAGAAAGAAAACCUCUGCUGCCAAACCGAGACCUGUCUUUCAAGAACAGAUCAGAUCAGAAUUCAGUUACUCUGAAGUCACCAAUUGGCACCAUUUUGCAGCCAGUCAGCAAUAGAAAUAUACAAGAUCCCACAGCACGCAAAACCCGUUCUCAGAUUGUCCCCUGCAUGAAUGAGUUAAGUCACAAAGAUAACAACAAACCAGAAACCACAGAGAAGACUUCCUCUCCUUCGGUUGGGCCCCGGUUAAAAACAGCCCUGUCCAAGGUGUUCAGGAAACCUCCAGCAGGUGUGAAUGGAGGCAGAGGUCCCGAACCUCUGGGGAGAAUAGCAAGCAAAUUUUACUGGAGACAAAGAAGAGACAGGAGCCUUAAAGAUGUCAAAAUUAGCCGGAGCAAAUGUGCUGUUAAAACAGCGGUCUCGUGUGAGGAGCUUGACCAAAGAACUCUUUCUGAGGACAUUAAACAUAGGCGGUGGCACAGCACAGAAGCUCUGAUGAACACGACCAGCACAUGGGUCGAGAGACAGCAAGGAUUAAUGGGAUGGGACGAAGAACAAGAAGACCGAGAUGAAGGAACGUCAGACUGUGAGAGCCUUUUCUCUCUUGAUUCACUGUCCUCUGCUUAUGUGACAGCGCUAGCAGAGCAGCUGAGACGCGAGGAAGCAGCUCAGAGUGAAGCAGAGAGCGAAGACAGUCAGAUGUCUAAGGAUUCAUUGGCUGCAGAGAGCAGUGGGAAAUACUCAACAGGGGAGAGACGUAGCCAUACAGUGGUGCCAACUUACUCGUUGGUGACAGAUUGCUCCUAUUCAUCCCUGCGGCAAAAUAGAACAGCAGAGAUCAGUUUAGACCGGGACAGCCCUCAGAAACCUCAGGUAAUCCCAGCAGAGGCGUAUUGGAACCAGCAAAACUCCCCACAAUCAAGACACAGUGGUGCAACAAGGAAGCAUCUUACCCACAACUCGUUAGUACCAGAUUCCAGAGACACUGUACACAAAAUGAUUGAGGACUUUGGGAACAUGCAGACCACUUCGACCAUCAGCCCACGCUCCCUGAGCAGCUGCAGCGUGAGGGAGCCAGAAAACAUGCUGGCACUCACCGAUGCCUGGUCCUCCACUGACGCAGCAGAUAGUCCCAGAAUUUACAGAGAUUAUCUGCCUUUGCAGAGAAAAAAGAUGUUAAAAGGUGUAGAGAGCAGCAGAAGCAGCAGCAGUCCCAGUCCAACCAGUAUGAACCUCUCAGAUUCUCAGAGUGAAUCUAGAAGUUAUAGCACAACAUCCACUAGCCCUGAGGGUGUAAAUGUAACCAUGCAGGAUCCACCCCGUGUUGAAAAUUCAAGGGACACAUCAGACACAUUAGAUUUUCCACACUCUCAGAUUCUAACAACCCCAGAUGAACCCCUGAAAGAAGUAGGGUGUUGUGUAGAACAAUCAGACGUAGAAGUAGAAAAUAAAGAGAAAUCAGCUAUAGAUACUCCAGAUUACAGCAGCAUCAAAAGUCCAGCAUCUUUACCAACCUUACAUCCAAUCACUCGUGUGUCACCCACUGAGAUCCAUUACACUAAACAACAAUCAUUACAUUUACAAAUGCUUCAGGUGUUUACAGAUGAACACCUUAAGAUGUCCUCUGACACGUGUAUGUCAGGUUGUCAGUCAGUAAUGCAUUUCUCUACAAGUCCUACUAACCAAGGUCCCAUAUUGAACAAAACAUCUGACCCGGCAAGUGUCUCCAUACUGUUGACCGAAGAUGAAGCACUAUGCAGUCUAGAUGGUGCAACAGAGAUGUUGAAAAAUAGUCAGCAAUGUAAGCUUGGAAACACCAAAUAUGGAUCUUGGGACAAAUUGUUAGAUGAGGCUGAAACCAAAGGCACUGAGCAGUACAUUGCACUACAGCAGGACCUUGUUAAAUCAGCUUGUCAAAAUCCCAGGAAGAGGAAUAAAGAACAAGAGGCUUUCAUGUGCAGCCUGAAAAUUCCAAAAAGGAGCAACAGCAGAGAGUUGGUAACUUUCUGCUCUGCACCAGCUGCCAGCCAGGAUUAUAUUUGGCCUGAUGACAAUAAUAACACGAAAGACAAACAGUCUGCCAUGGAAGUUAACAGCCCCAGAUUUGAUUCUGUUUUUGUUAAUGGCAGCAUUAGACAGGACAAAGUGGCUUCAGAGGCGUUGCCAGUUUCUGAUCCCAUAAGCAAGAAACUUGGACGGAUCUUUGAGGACUCUGAAUUUGGUGACAAUAGUCCUCAGAGUGGUACCUCUGCGGGAGAGAGGGAAGCAGUUGAAAAGGGAGAUGUAACAAUAAAGGAGGUAGAUGCAGAAACAAAAGCAGGGGAAUCACAAAUUGAUAACCCCAGAAAACAUCAAGAAAAUAGAAAACACAAAUGCAAGUCAGAUGCUAUUUGUAGCGCCAUUGACCUGAGAAUAUCAGAGGUGGUCAAAGAGCACAUGAAACUGUCACUGAUUGGCAUUGAUGAUGACAGCAAGAGCAGGAGUCAAAGCCUGAAUGCUUUGUCAUCAUCCGUGUGUCAUUUUGGCUGUAAUAGUGAUGAAAAUAGAGGGACAGAAAAAGAGCUGAGAGAUCAGAUGAGUGAUCAGGUAAAGGAAGGAGCCAUUCUUGAAGAACAGCUUUCACUGGAAAGCCUGAUAAGUGAAAACCCAGUGGACAACAGUGAGCGCCUGGCAUCAGAUCCACCAGCUCAAUUUAGGACUACCCUUGAGAGCGAGAUGCUUUCAUCUACUGAAGUAACACAGAAGAUUGACCAAGCUCAAAACUUGCCACAACACAAAAUAUCAAAGGAUCUGUGA